UGUCUAAGCAGAGAGAAAAGACAAACACAUGACAAAGUCGUGGAACUACAAACAAAAAGACUGCUGCACUGAGAACAGGACUCUUGUUGACUUGUGAACUAAAUACAAGGACACCAUGGUGGACCAGCUAACCUUUGCCCAGGAGAACCGGGAGCGGAUCCAGGCUGUUGAGAACUCAUUCGGCGGGUCGGGGAAGCCCCUGUCCCAGUUGGGUCGGGUACUGAUUGGAGAGGGCCGGCUGAUGAAGCAGAGCCGCCGGGGGCCACAGCCUAAAGCCUUCUUCCUCUUCAAUGAUGUGCUGGUGUACGGCAGCAUCAUUCUCAACGGCCGCUGGCACAAAAGACAGCAGAUCAUCCCUCUAGAGGACAUCCAGCUGGAGGACUUGGAGGAUGGUGUGAGAAUGAGGAACCAAUGGCUGAUCCGCACACCACGCAAGUCUUUUUACGUGGGCGCCUCCUCGUACGAAGAGAAGCGAGCCUGGAUUGAGCACAUUGAAGACUGCCAGUCCAGACUGCUGGAAAGCAGCGGCCGCACGCUGGGGUCCAAAUAUGCUGUCACCUGGAUUCCGGACCAGGCCUCCGCUGUCUGCAUGCGCUGCUCCAACAAGUUCACCGUGACCCAGCGUCGUCACCACUGCCGGAAAUGUGGCUUUGUGGUCUGCGGUGCGUGCUCCAAGAAGCGGGCGCUGAUCGGACACAUUCACCCGACCAAGGGUUUGAGGGUCUGCAAAGUGUGUCACUCCAGUCUUUCAAAGAGGGAGUCAGAGGAAGAGGCCCAAGAAACGUCUCGCGUGAGGGGAGACAGCACUGGGAAGACGGGCUCAGAUGAAGAUGAAGUGGAGGUGCCCAGUGAGGAAGAGGAGGCAGAAGAGCAGAUGGAGGACCAUGAUCCCAGCAGGUGGGUGGACUCCUGGUCCCCCUAUGUCUACCUCAAACCAGAGCAUGUGAGGCCCUAAACAUAGGCACAUUAGGAGUCCCUCAGAAAUGACCUUUGGACUUUUAUAUGGACACAGUGCUGAUGCAGCUUUGCACAAUAGAAGCUAGUUAAACAUGGCGCAACAAGACAAUAAUGAUGUAAUGUAAAGUGUUUUGUACAUACUGUAUUUAUUGAUGUGAAUAGAAACACUAUUGCUGCGAAGUCGUCACUUUAUGAUCUCUGAAGAAGUCUGUAGUCCUCAGAGGAUUUUUUAGGUAGACCUCAAUCUGCCUCAGUAUACAUUUUUUUUAUUUAUUUCAAACAAGUGUAUAUGUCAGUGUUUGUGUACAUUUGGAUUGAACAUCUGCCUCACAUCUGUCUUUGAAAUGAACUAUGGAAAAUAAAACACUUAGAAAACAGAUAAAAGAUAUGUCUUUGAUGAUUGGAGUGUUACUACCUCAGCUGAGAGGGUAGUUGAGUUUGUCUGUCAGUCCGUCUGUCUGUCAGGAUAUUUCAAGUACCAAGCAAAGCCUCUUAAAUUAUAAUAUGGAUCAUUUAAAUGAAUUAAACCCAAGCAAGUAGGCUGAUAAAAACACAUAGUUUUAUUUUAUGACCUUUUUAACAUAAAAUAUACACAUUUUCAUCCCUGCAAUGAGAGCAUAUUACUGUAAUAAUAAAGUGAGAAUGAACAUCACAA